AAUGGGCGCUGUUUUUGCUAUGCCUGCGUGCGCUGCCUCUAUGGCCUGCUGUUUUGGAAGUGCUGCUUGUUCCCUUUGCUGCAAUGUUUGUCCAUCAACUCGAAAUUCAACAACAACCCGAAUUAUGUAUUCCUUAAUGCUUUUGGUUGGAACUUUGACUUCUUGUUUUUUACUUUCCCAUUGGCUUCAAAAUGCUUUGGCUAAGGAUGGUUGGCUUUGUACUAUAACACACACAGGAGAAUUGUGUGAAGCAAUUAUUGGAUAUCAGGCUGUUUAUCGUGUUUGUCUAGGAAUGGCUGCUUUCUUUUUCAUUUUUAUGAUUUUGAUGCUUGGAGUAAGAUCCAGUCGCGAUGCUCGUGCUCAAAUACAAAAUGGAUUUUGGUUUUUUAAAUAUUUGUUGCUUGGACUUUUGGUCUUUGGCUUCUUUCAAAUUACUGACAAAACACUGGCUACACCAAUGAUGUGGAUUGGAAUGAUUGGAGCUUUUGUUUUUAUUCUUAUUCAACUUGUUUUAAUUGUCGAUUUUGCCCAUGGAAUAGCAGAAAAUUGGGUUAGAAAUUAUGAAGAUAGUGAAUCUAAAUGGUGUUUUGCUGGCCUAAUUUUCUUUACUUUUGGAUGUUAUGCACUUUCUGUUUUUGGAGUUGUAAUGCUGUUUAUUGUCUACACAUCAGGAGCUUCUUGUCUUCUUGGAAAAUUCCUCAUUUCCUUCAAUUUAAUACUCUGUUUCGCCCUUUCUGUGAUUUCUCUACUUCCAAAGGUUCAGGAACAUAUGCCUAAAUCUGGACUUCUUCAAUCUGGGUUUAUUACGCUUUACGUUGUUUAUUUGACUUGGAGUGCUUUGACUAAUAAUCCAGAUCAUCAAUGCAAUCCUUCAUUAAUUGAUAUUGGAAGUUCUUCAGGAGGAAAUUCAACACAUUAUCAACCUACUUCAAUUCCACUUCCAGUUAAUUCUAUAGUUUCUUUGGUUAUUUGGUUUUGCUGUUUAUUGUAUGCUUCAAUUCGUACUUCAGCUUAUACAGCAAUUGGAAAAAUUGGGACAGAUGGGGAAAAUCGUGGUGGUGAAGGCGAAGCUUCAGUCUCAAUGGAUGAUGGUGGACAUGGAACUCGAGUUUAUGACAAUGAAAAGGAACGUGUUGCUUAUUCUUAUUCAUUCUUCCAUUUUAUUUUUGCUUUGGCAUCUCUUUAUGUUAUGAUGACUCUUACUUCGUGGUACACGCCAACGAAUUUAAAUUUGAAAGAAAUAAACAACAAUAUGGCAUCUGUUUGGGUCCGUAUUGUUUCUUCUUGGCUUUGUGUUGGGAUAUAUAUUUGGACUUUAAUUGCUCCAGCUUUGUUCCCUGAUCGAGAUUUUAAUUUUUAAAGAAAAAAAUAAUCCAACGAAACAUUGAUAAAACUCUAUUUACUUAGAUUGUAAAAAUGAAUCCAUCUGUACUUCUGACGGUUUCCGAACCAUUUCUAAGCUUAUACGGCACUGAAAACUUUAAAAAAUAAUUUUUCAAAAAAUUUUUAUACUGCGGAUUUAUAAUUU